GUUUGGAGUCCGGAAGCAUCAUGGCCAUCAAGAGGCUGAAAAGUCUGUGUCACAAACAAAUUGGAAUGCAUCAAAAUCACCAUUCCUUGUCUUGGAGGAGUGAGCCCUGAGCCUCUACUUACAUUUAUACUCAAAAAUGUCAGGUCAAGAAGAGUCGGAAAAGGAUGUUGACAUGUGGUCCUCCCUUCGCUGUCUGGGCUAUCUGUCCAGCUUCAACUUUCUGGCCGCUGUGUGUUUGGGAAUGUAUGUACGAUGGGAGCAGACUGCAGCGCCCAUGAUACUGGUCAUCUUCAUCCUCGGUUUGUUUGUUUCAGCCAUAGCGUGUAUCCUCUACUACUACUUCUCAUUGGAGUCGGCCAGCCUAAGUCUCUUCCACUUGUGGUUCGGCUUCCUGCAAGGUCUUCUGUGCUUAUUAAAUGGCCCAUCUUUGGAGAAGGACAUAAAGGAGCAAGUGACAAACUACAUGUUGCUUGCUAGCCUGGCCGUUCAAACGCUCUGGGCACUGACAGAACGUCUAUGCAGCAACACCAAGUAUAAACCGGCUGUCCUCACCUCAUCCGAGCUUCUGGAGCUCCUGGGCUUUGGCGUUGCAAGCAUCAUUUUGGUUCUUCACAAAUCCAUGGCCAUGAUUGCCCUGGUGUUCGCUCUAGCAGCUGUCAUUGUCAACCUACGAAUGAAGUCACUUUUGGCCCUCCCUAACCUUGCCUGCUUUGCUGUGAUCACUGCUGUCACCUUCUUUCAGUCCCUGGAGAUUCAGACCAAUCCCUUUGUCCUCAUUUGCUUCCUUGGUCGGCUUAUCUGCGAGCCCUUUCUAGAUGUCUACUUUAGUGGCCUGUCGGCAAUGGAGUGCUGGAAACCGUUUCUCUCAGCUGGACGCCUGUGGAGGAGAUUUUCUUUAUUACCAUUGAGUUUCGUUGAGGUGGGUUUCUUGGUACUCUGUGCCUUGAAGCUGGGUGACCUGGACGUCUGGUACCUGGUCAUCCCUGGCUUCUGUGUCUUUGGCCUCUUGUGGAUUUUAUGCCACAUGGUGUUCCUGCUGACACUUUGGGGAUUCCACACUAAGUUAAGUGAGUGUCAGAAGACACGGGUGGCCCAACGCUCAGAAAUGCUCAGUUUGGAACGAACCAUGGCCUCUAGAGGAAUGCGUCAUUUUUGCCUCAUCUCUAAACAGCUGGUAUUGUUCUGCCUGACGUCCACCGUCAUACUGGGGGCUGUUUCGUGGCAGGUCACUAAUGGACUCUUCAUGAGUGUGUUUUUAGUGGUUCUGCCAUUGGAGUCUCUGGCCCAUGGACUCUUUCAUGAACUGGGCAACUGCUUGGGAGGCACCUGUGUAGGGUAUGCAGUGGUAAUUCCCACCUUUUACAGCAGUUCGGACGGCCAGCCAGUGUUGCUGCCUCCAGGGCAAGGCCAUGAGCUGCAUUCCACAGCCACCCUGAAUGCAAUGCAGCGACUAUUUUCCCACCACCUGAUCCAGACCUUCGGAUGUGACUACUCCACCAGCCUGAGCCUGGACACCCUGCAGACUAAACUGCAUUCCUUUCUGGAGCUCUGUACAGCAGAAGGCCCGCGGCAUGACGCCUAUUUCCUCUACUACAGCGGACAUACGCAUCUCAAUGGCGACUGGGUCCUGGCAGGCGGCGAUUGUUUGCGUCUUCAGCAGAUUCUCGACAUGUGGCGAGAACGAAAUGCUGACUUCUCCUCGCGCCUCAUCCUAGUUCUUGACACUGAGAAUUCAGCACCGUGGGUGAAGGCAGUGCGUAAGGUGGAAGGGAUGUAUGUGGCGGUACAGGGAGCCAAGGUGAGCCCCGCCCAGGAUGCGGAGAGCCAGGAAGCCCCUCGCCUGGGAGACUUCACCACAGAGUGGGUGGAAUACAACUGCAAUCCUGACAGCGGCGUGCAGUGGUCUGAAAGAGGUCGGGUCGUCGCUGCCAUAUAUGGAGUAUCCAAACCCUGGAGUGACUACGCCCUCCACCUGCCCACCGGGAGCGAUGUAGCCAAGCAUUGGAAAACAAACUUCCCCAAGGCAUCAUACCCACUGGUGGCUGUGGCCAACUGGUGCUGUGGGCUCAACUUGCUAUGGCUGUGUAGUGUGUGUUUCCGUUGUUUUCGGAGAAUGAAACUUUCCUGGUUUCCUCCCAGCAUACUAGAUACGGGACUUGGGAUUAAACUAGUGCGAUCGUAGACAGCCUAAUUGCUUUUGUUUUUACAUUAUGCACUGUAUAAUGUCUUGUAUCUUGUCUAUGCAAUUUUUGGGGAUAUCCUUUAUUGAUUUAAGUGCUUCAGUUGCCUUACAAGUUGGUGCAUAUAGACAGGAAAACUACUAUGUCAUACCACUUUUUCUUCUGAUAAACUUUGUUACAUACUUUAUAUACACAACAUAGCCUCUGUCUUCACUUAUUUGCUCAGUUUUAAGACUGUAAGUGCCUUGGGUUGUCUUUUAAAAGAAAUAUGUUAAUUUAUUGAGUUCUAAGUGUUUUUGGGGGGGUGACAAAGGGGAGAGCAGCUUCGGUUGAACCAUGUUCCUCCCCUACAAAGCCAUAAGGGCGUUUACAGGAGCCAGUACAUGUAUACAAGCAUUUUUGCAAACAUCCAUAUACAUUAAGAGAUGUUUUCUGUUUUUUUUUUUUUCUUUUCUUCAAGAUUUGACCUUUUAUAAAUGCUUGAUCAACAGAACAGCCAAUCCUUAAUAAAGAAUAUU